AUGCACUCCCCCACAAACAACGUCGGUCGAAAAUGGACCGAGUAUCAAGGCAUUCAGAAUUGGGACGGUUUGCUCGAUCCACUCGACGACCAUCUCCGAAAGGAAAUCCUCCGAUAUGGUCGGUUCAUUGAAGCAGCCUAUAACUCAUUUGAAUUUGAUAUCACUUCACCAUUUUACGCAACAUCUCGUCAUUCUAAAUCUUCAUUACUAAACCAAUCCGGAUUAAGCCAGACUGGAUAUCGUCUCACCAAGUAUUUACGAGCCACAACGAGUAUAGGUUUACCACAUUGGGUUGAAAAGGCUGCCAACUCGAUCGCAACUCGAUCUAGUUGGAUUGGUUACGUGGCAGUAUGUGAAGAUAAGAAAGAAAUAUCUCGUCUCGGACGUAGAGACAUUGUGAUCGCUUACAGAGGAACUGCCACUUGUUUAGAGUGGCUCGAGAAUUUACGCGCCACUCUAACGGAAUUACCUAAUAACGAGUUCAAUACAAAUCGAGCCGUGUCAAGACCGAUGGUAGAAACCGGGUUUCUGAGCUUGUAUUCUUCGAGGAUAGCGAGGUUGCCGAGUUUGAAGCAAACGAUACGUGAAGAAGUUCGUAGAUUACUAAAGGCCUAUGAUGGUGAGCAAUUGAGUAUCACCAUAACAGGUCAUAGCCUUGGCGCCGCCGUAGCAACAUUGACGGCAUACGACAUCAAUGUCACAUUUCGACAACGGGUGCCACUUGUCACGGUCGUGUCGUUUGGCGGCCCUCGCGUAGGUAACAAAGACUUCCGAAGGAGCCUUGAGGAACAAGGAACAAAGGUUCUGCGCAUUGUCAACUCGGGGGAUGUCGUGACGAAGGUGCCAGGCUUUGUGGCUGACGAUGGCAUGGAAGCACUGCCGUGGUGGGCUCGACAGUGCAUGGAGAACGUGCCGUCUCAAUGGAUGUACUCGGAAGUGGGGAAGGAGCUGAAAUUGUGCAACAAGAACUCACCACACCUAAAUGGAAUGAAUCAUGAUCUAAAGACUUAUCUUCAUCUCGUUCAACGAUUUGAAACCUCGAAAUCUACGCUUUGA